AUGGCGGCAUCAUCAUCAUCAAGCUCGGCCUCGACCUUGGAGGGGCCGGCCACAGACGUGGUCAAGGAACAAGGUUCCCAUUUCCAACCCAGUCGCCGAAACUCCAAGUCGGCUCCUUCGAGGCGGGGGUCGACUGCCAGCAGAACCCGCAGCCCCCAGAAAGAGACGUUCGACCCGAACCUCGACAUCAACCUACCGUAUCGUACGCUCACCAGCGAUGCCAACUUUGACGAAUUUCGCGUCGAAUCGCGCACGGGCGCCAUCCCGGGCCCGGUUGAGCCCCCGGCCGUUGCUGGCCAGGGAGGCGAGAAGCGAUACCAGCUGGUGACCUUCACCCCUGAAGACCCAGAGAACCCCAAGAACUGGUCCAAGGCGUACAAGUGGUAUUGCACCAUGGUCGUUGCCCUUACGUGCUUCGUGGUGGCCUUUUGUUCAGCCGUCAUCACGGCGGACCUUGUUGGGCCUGCCGAGGAUUUCGGCGUCAGCAGAGAGGUUUCCAUUCUGGCCAUCACAGUCUUUGUCGUUGGCUUUGGUGUUGGGCCCAUGGCAUUCGCACCGCUGUCUGAGGUGUUCGGACGACGAGUCAUCUAUGGAUCUACACUCUUGCUUGCCGUCAUCUUCAUCAUCCCCUGUGCUGUUGCAAAGAACAUCGGAACCCUGAUCGUCUGCCGUGCCAUCGAUGGCAUCGCUUUCUCGGCCCCCAUGACCCUCGUGGGCGGCACGCUUGCAGACUUGUGGAGGAACGAGGAGCGUGGUGUUCCCAUGGCCGCUUUUUCCGCCGCUCCCUUCAUUGGACCAGCCAUCGGCCCUCUUGUUGGUGGCUACCUUGCCGAUGGCGCUGGCUGGCGCUGGCUGUACUGGAUCCAGCUCAUCCUUGCCGGCAUUGUUUGGGUUCUCAUCACCUUUACCGUUCCCGAAACGUACGCCCCUACAAUCCUUUCUCGCCGCGCCAAGAAGCUCCGCCAGACGACGGGCGACGAGACUUACGUCACCGAGCAAGACAUUGAUGAGCGGCCCAUGAGCGAGCGGCUCACCGUCUUCAUGAUCCGACCCUUCCAGCUGCUGUUCCGGGAACUUAUUGUGCUUCUCAUCUCGCUGUACAUGAGCGUUCUCUACGGUCUGCUCUACAUGUUCUUCGUUGCGUAUCCCAUCGUCUUCCAGGAGGGUAAGGGCUGGAGCGCCGGCACCACUGGUCUGAUGUUCAUCCCCCUGGCCGUUGGCGUUCUCUGCUCUGCUGCUUGCUCUCCGAUGGUCAAUAAGCACUACCUCAAGAUGGUUCACAAGUACAACGGCAAACCACCCGCGGAGAUUCGCCUGAUCCCCAUGAUGAUCUCCUGCUGGUGCAUUCCCAUCGGAUUGUUCAUCUUCGCCUGGACCUCGUAUCCGCGGCUCAUCUGGGUCGGACCGGCCCUAGGCGGCUUCCCCGUCGGGUUCGGCUUCAUCUUCCUUUACAACUCUGCAAACAACUACCUAGUCGACUCCUACCAGCACCAAGCCGCCUCUGCCCUUGCGGCCAAGACCUGCAUCCGAAGCUUCUGGGGCGCCGGCGUGGUCUUGUUCACCGAGCAGAUGUACGCGCGGCUGGGCUACCAGUGGGCCUCUUCGCUUCUGGCCUUUAUCAGCCUGGCUUGCUGCGCCAUUCCCUACUGCUUCUGGAUCUGGGGCGCCAAGAUCCGCGCUCGCAGCAAGUAUGCCUACGGCGGCGAUGAUGAGGAGGUGGAAACGAGUCAGAACCCCAAUGACCUGGAAAAGGCUCAAAGGGUUCCCACUCAUGGUGCCGCUCCUCGAGACGAUACGGACGAUGAUCUCGACCUGAGGCGGGCGAGGAGCUACGUCAGCAACCCAUAAGUUGGCAAGCGGAUGAAGAAGCUUUUGCGAGACGCCAACAAACAACUUGGACUACACUGACCAAACCGACUGGUCAAAAAUUACACAUAGAGGUGGAACAUUCUAUAGACUGAUGAUGUUUCGACGAUUGAUUGAUGGAGUAUGAAUUUUAGCAUUGAACGGCGUUCAAAAAAGGGCUGGAUAUACCUG